AUGAAGGAAUAUAAAGAAUUAGGUCAGAUGAGAGCAGUAAAUGGUGAGUCCUUACAAGGUCAUGAAAUAAAGUAUUAUCUUCCUCAUCAUGCAGUUUUAAGACCGGAGAGCACGACAACAAAGUUGCGAGUCGUCUUCGACGGAUCAGCAAAAAGUACUUCCGGCCAGUCGCUGAAUGACAUACUACUCAUUGGGCCCACUGUUCAGCAAGAUCUCCUCUCACUGGUGUUACGUUUCAGACUUCACCGCAUUGGCAUCACUGCGGACAUCGAGAAAAUGUACAGACAGGUGUGGAUUCAUCCUGAACAUCGCAGCCUGCAGUGCAUUCUCUGGCGAGAAAAUUUUGAAGUACAACCCGCGACCCUUCAGCUCAAUACAAUCAAAUACGGUACAGCAGCAGCUCCGUUUCUAGCAACAAGGUGCUUGAAAGAGAUUUCUGAGAACGUCAAAGACAGCAACCCAAUAGCAGGACUAGUGAUAGCCAAUAACUUCUACGUGGACGAUAUGAUCACUUGUGCAUCCGCCAGCUGA